AGCGAGAGUAGAAGGGUGCGUGUUAGGUGGGACGCGUGCCAUUGAGAUGGCCUUGCGAUGAAUGCCCCCCCCCCCCUCCUCAGCGUGCCACUUUGUCUUUCUUGCUCUACCUCCAACUCUAGGGUUAGGGUUAUGGGUCUGGCUCAAGCCGAGCAGGAGCAGGGAUCUUCCACAUACAUUCUGCGGCCGUACGAGGCGUGUCAUUUGGAGGGAUGGGGUGUCAGUCACGUGACUCAAAGCGCACUCGAUUUGAAGUGCGUCACCUCUCCAUCUUGCACCCGCUCGCGCAAAGUGGAGCGACAGGAGAGUCAAUAAAGUGCUAUUCACACUGCAAAGUCGCAGAGACAAGUUCGCUUGCGCCCUCGACCUUAUUCGAACUCGGAGGAAUUACCAAAGGUGGCUAACGAUGCGUCAGGCUCGCCGGUGUGGAUGGGUUAAGCAUGAUUGACCAUUCGUCGAUAUCGCAUUUGAACAGCGCGACGCAUUACGUAUGGGAGGGGUUUAAGCAAAUCGUCCGCUUGCGCGCAGUCCCCUGCCUUUUGCCAGGUGCUUGCGAGACGACCGGGCAAGGGGCCCAAUAGAUUGGAGAGCGCAACACGGUCUAUUGGUGGCGUACAUCGCUUUAUCGCAGCAGCAGCAAUGCUUGACGGUACUUGUAGAAUGAGGCGCAC